GGUGAAUUGUACAUUAUAUACUGUUUAGUUAAUUAUCAUAAUAGGUGCUCAAGUAUUCUUAAAAAUGAUACAUACAUUUAUAUUCUUCGACUUGGAAACAACUGGAUUAAUUAAAAAUAAAACUAUGCCAAAGAUCACAGAAUUAUCAUUAGUAGCCGUAUCAAGAAGUGCAAUAUGUGAUACUAAAGAUGCCUUACCAAGAGUUUUACAUAAGUUAGUUCUGUCAAUAUUUCCAAAUGAACAUAUUUCUAGAAAAGUUGAAAAUUUAACAGGUUUGUCUAAUGAGAAGUUAAAGGAAGUUCAGUCAUUUACGUGCGAAACAUAUAAUUUAGUCAUAAAUUUUAUAAAUCAACUUACACCACCCACCUGUUUUGUAGCUUACAAUGGAAAUAAGUUUGAUUAUCCUAUAUUCUUAUGGGAGCUUCAAAAUAUUAAUAAGGUUGUCAGUGAAGACAUUCUUAGCAUUGACAUGCUUAAUCUAAUUAAAGAUUUCUUCUCAAUUAAAGGAAAUCCAUUAAAACAAGAAAAUGUUACACAAGUGAAUGCAUCUAAUCGGCUCAAUACCGAAGAUAUUAAUACUCUGCUAGAUGAUGGUUGUGAUAAGAUAUUAUCUGAUGCAUUAGAUAAUGUCAUAAGGAACAGUUUUAAUAGUAAUAAUGAAAACAAAAUUUUUGGUAAUGAAGAUAGAAAAAGUAAAUUCUACUCUAAUAGUGUGCCAAAUAUUCCACAAACCAGUUGUUAUAAAAAAAUACAAGAAAUUAAUGAAAAAACACCUGAAAAUCAAAUUAUAAAGUUCCAGAAUUCUAAUGCAAAGUUUAAAAAUAGAAAAAAUAUUACAAAAAGAAGAUUGAACUUUACAAGUAAUCAACCAAGUAAUUUUAAAUUAUCUAGUGUCUACAAACAUAUUAUUGGUACCGACAUUGACAAUGCACAUAGUGCUGAAGGAGAUUGCCUCUCUAUGAUACGUUGUGCAAUUGAGUUAGGAAAUUUUUUUAAUGAAUGGGCUGACAGUUAUGCAGUACCUCUGAUGAAUCACAAAUUAUAAUAACACGUGCAGUGUAUUCUAUAUAUAGUUUUUAUUAAUGUCUU